AUGGAAAGCAGGCCCAAAAUAUAUGCGACGGCAGCUUUUGUAGCUGGUGCUCUUGUAUGUCUUGCCUUUAAAGAUGUUUAUCCCGAUCUGGAACGUAGAUAUAGAAGGAGAUUCGGCGCAAAGAAAACCUUGAAAGAUACUUUCCAUUCCGUUGAUGAUCACGUUGAGCUUCAAGACCGCGAAAGCCAGAGUCUUGAAUCUUUGGAUGUAACAAGUGGCAUUGAAGGUUGCAUUGGCAAUACGCCUUUGAUCAAGAUCAAGUCCCUUUCCGAUGCCACAGGAUGCGAGAUCCUUGCCAAAGCCGAGUUCAUGAAUGGAGGUGGUGGAAGCCCAAAGGACAGAGUAGCCCUGAGCAUCAUUGACAGAGUAAGAUGUAUGCCGUCGGAUCAAGCUGUAGAAAAAUCUGAACUCCUGCUCAAGCUAGGAGCUAUCGUGGAGAGAGUUCCGCCAGCCCCAAUAAUAGACCCAGAACAUUUCGUCAAUCGGGCAAGAAGACUGGCAUUGAAACAUGCCGGGAAUCCUGAAUUAUCCGGUCGUGGCUACUUCGCGGACCAAUUCGAGAACGAAGCGAAUUGGCAUGCGCAUUUCGAUGGUACCGGACCCGAGAUCUUUCGGCAGUGUAAUGGCAGAGUCGAUGCUUUUGUUGCUGGAGCAGGUACUGGUGGGACUAUAGCUGGUGUGGCAAGCUACUUGGAGCCGAGGCUUCCAUUGGUGAAGGUUGUGCUUGCAGAUCCACAAGGGAGCGGGCUGUACAAUCGCAUCAAAUAUGGCGUGAUGUUUGAUACGAGAGAAAAGGAAGGCACGCGCCGAAGACAACAAGUCGAUUCUAUUGUUGAGGGCAUCGGCAUUAAUCGCGUUACAGCUAAUUUUGAAGUCGCUAGGGAGAUGAUUCAUGACGCAGUGAAAGUGGACGACGAUCAAGCUCUGGCGAUGGCAAAGUGGCUUGUUGAGAAGGAUGGGAUAUUCGUCGGUAGCAGCAGUGCCGUUAACUGUGUCGCUGCAACAAUCUAUGCCUUAAAAAUGGGACCUGGGCACCGUGUUGUGACUAUCCUUUGCGACUCAGGCUCUCGGCACCUUUCUAAAUUCUGGAAGAUGGCUGGCAAUGUGGGCGCGAAGACUGACACCAAGCUCGAUGAGAUAGUCGGUUCAAGUCCUUAG